UGGGUGAGAGAAACCAUACAUUCUUUCUCCCCUGCGUAGUCACAGUAUACUCUUCUAACUCAGAUUCCUAGGCAAAAGGAGAGAGAACUCAGUGGGGCCAUUCAUGUCUGCUGUCUGCCCUGUGAAGUUACCACACUUGGUAUUUCCGUAAAUAUUUAUUUUAAAUAAUCCUCGAUGAAAACUGCAUCAAGGAAGCCAUUAUUAAGCAAAACACUAGACUGCCAUAACUUGAUACAGUCACAGAAGUUUUAAAUUCAGCACGAAAAGAAGCAGAGACACGAUCUGUAACCAUGGGUGCUGAGAUUAUCAGCCCCUUUAAGAAAGCUCAGGUGCCUUUGUACUAGCUCUGGCGGUGGACACCAGAGUGUGACAUGGCCCAGAGCGAUUUGGGAAGUGCCCACCGAAGUGAUAAACAUUGAAGUUGCAGGAACAAUGCGAGAGCCGUCCCUGGGUAUGCCAGUGUGGACUUUCAUCCAGGGCCUCGGACAGCAUAACACUGCCUACAAAUAAGGACACCCAGAUUGUGGGAUUAGAGAAAAUUUCCCCCACGGGACAUUUCCUAAAAUGUCCUUCUAAGGCAUUGUAGCUGCUGGUUCUUUUUUUUUUUUUUUUUUUUUUUUUUUUUUGGUGACUGAAAGUUUCUACCACCAGGCUUCACCUAUAGAAGGCACUCAACAGAUGUUGGUUCUCUCUCCCUAUCGGCUUCGUUUCUAGUCCCUGGGGCUUCUCUCUUCCUGCUAAUAGAAAUUUGUACUAUAUUUUGCUCCCAUAAAUUGGCCCAGGCCAAUCUUCCCGUCACAAUGGCUUCGCUGUGCUGAGCUUCCACUAACAACAGAACCUCAGUGUUGCUCCCAGUCUACUUCCCUAGGGACAAAUUCAUGCUCUCCCAAGCAAGGAAGGACUAAAUCCCAGUCCCUGGAACAUGCCCGUCAGCUUUGGUUCAGCUGUAACACAGUCAUUCCACACUGUGCAUCCUGAAUGGAGAAGGAACUCUUCUCUCAGAACUCUGCACAUCUCACAAAAGAGAACCUGAAAGAGAACCAUCAGACACCCACGGACAUCAGAAUGAGUGACAACGCUACUUUGGUUCCUCCAGCUUCAAACCAGGGUCCCACUACCCCAGGCAAGGGGCCCCCCAAGUUCAAGCAGAGACAGACUCGCCUAUUCAAGAGCAAGCCUCCUAAGAAAGGUGUGAAAGGGUUUGGAGAUGACAUUCCAGGCUUGGAGGGGCUAGGAACAGAUAUCACGGUGAUUUGUCCCUGGGAGGCAUUCAACCACCUGGAAUUGCAUGAGCUUGCUCAAUUUGGGAUCAUCUGAUGCACCAGAGGUUCUGCCAUCAACAGCAUCUGCUGGAGUUUUGAUUACUUUUGCCCUAUGAUCUGCCAGAGUCUUGAAAUUCAGCAUGGUUCAGAAGUGGUUUCCUCAGCUUACACAAGUCAUUUCCCCUAAAUUGCUACAAAGAGUUCUUAGUGUCGGACUCUCUCUUGCCAUAUAGUUCAGCUUGGAAUAGUGGAUGCAAAUUGACUUUUGUUAGGGCAUUUCAAACUUUACCACCUUUUCCUAUCAGCUGGUUAGAAUUCAUUGAUAGUUCUCUGAAUUUUGUUUAUUUGUUAAGUUCUUCAAAUCUAUUUGUAGUAGACAUUCCCUGUAAUUAGUAGUAGCUUUUUAAGUUAACAUUUAUGUCACUCCCUUCCCUUUCUCAUUUAAUAAAGGAGAUACUUAUCUU